GAUUUUAACUGCCUGAUCGUUUACCUACCAUCUCUCCUUCAUAGCGAUAACAUCUCUCUUCAAAAAAAAAAAUCCUCUCUUUUUCAUACGCCACAUUCAUUUUUCAUUUCUUUGCUUUUAACACCACAUCCACCGUCGUUGUCAUGCCGCUCGCGGAGAAGACGAUUCAGGUCGUGGAGGCCACGGCGCCUGCUGUGGCAGCCGUGGGUCCGCAGCUGGCUGCAUCCUUCUACAAGCGCAUGUUCACCAACAACCCCGAGUUGAAAGAUGUCUUCAUCAUGGCGCACCAGCGUAACCUCGCGCAGCCGACGGCGCUCUUCAACUCCGUUGUGGCGUACGCGACGCACCUGCGCGACCUCGGAGCGCUCGGACCCGCCGUGGAGAAGAUCGCGCACAAGCACGCAGCCUUCAACAUCAAGCCAGCCCAGUACCAGAUCGUCGGCUACAACCUGCUGAAGACGAUCGAGGCGGAGCUGAACCCCGGCCAGGACGUGCUGGACGAGUGGGGCAAGGCGUACGAGCAGCUGGCGCAGAUCUUCAUCACACGCGAGGAGCAGAUCUACGCGGAGGUGGAGUCCAGCCCGGGUGGCUGGCGGCCGACGCGCGCGUUCCGCGUGGCGGACAAGCAUAGAGAGAGCGACGCAAUCACGCGCUUCAAGUUGGUGCCGGCCGACGGCAAGCCCAUCGCUGCGCAUGAGCCUGGCCGCUACCUCUCCAUCUUCGUGCGCCACCCGUCCAUGCCUUACCAGGAGAUCCGUCAGUACUCCAUCGUGUCGCCGCCCAGCCACGAGUACUACGAGGUCGCGAUCAAGCGCCACGACCAGGGCCAGGUCUCGCGCUACAUGACCGACAUUGUGAACGUCGGGGACGAGUUGCAGCUCGCACCGCCCUACGGCGACUUCUUCCUGGACCUCCCCAAGGACACCACCACCCCGAUCGCUCUCAUCUCCGGCGGCGUUGGUCUCACGCCCAUGCUGAGCAUGCUGCGCAGCCUCGCCGUGACGAAGGCCACCAACCCCCUCUACUGGGUCCACGCCGCGCACAGCAAGCGUGUGCGUGCCUUCGCGGACGAGGUGAAGGAGACGAAGGCCGCCACGCUGCCACAGCUCAAGAUCUACAACUGGCUGUCCGAGGUCACGCCGGCGGACAAGCAGGGCGUCGACUACGACUUCCAGGGCCACAUCGACAUCAGCAAGAUCCCCGACUUCUGUGCCAACCCCGCCACGCAGUACUACUUCGUCGGCCCCGACGGCUUCAUGAAGAACGUCGAGAAGCAGCUGCAGAGCCAGAACGUCGGCGACGACCGCAUUCACUACGAGUGCUUUGGCCCCUUCAACCCUAUCAAGUAA